GUCUUCCAUAUUGUUUACUGCAAUCAGGGGAAGGGAAGGAGCAGUGGGAGUAGUUGCCUUCGUUGACUUGAGCUCUCAUAGUCAUAACUUAAUGGCAAACAAGAUCACCGUUAAAAACUACUAUUUUUUGUGAGGCUGAACCAAUUACCGAACAUGAACACCACAAAGCUGCAGCCUACCUAUGGGAUAGAUCAUGGAUGCAAUGAAAUGACCUAUGAGAGUAGCCAUCAGUGCUGUGUGUAUCACCUUCUGGGCUCCGACACCCUCUGCGCCUGCUCGCAGCAGCAGGCGCCAUUCCAAGGAAAAGAAAGCCCAGUGGCUGCCGUCCACUAAAAUCUGUAGCUGUAGUUCCAUUACAAUUCAGAACAGCUUCAAGCAAGUUCGUUCCAAGGAAAAAAAAAAGAACAGCUUCAAGCAACAUGGAGACAAAAGCAGAGUCAAAACUCACAUCUUGGACACCCGGAAAUGCAAACAGUGUAGAUGGUUUCGUAUCUGUAUAACCUUAUAGUUAAAGAUAAUAAAGAGUCAAAUUUGUAUAUCCAAGACCUCAAAGUAAAAGUAAAAAAGAUGUAGCUCCAAGCCCCAUGUGAAGGGUUGCUAUUUCUGUGUAACAACCGGCUUUUAUCACAACAACCGGCUCCCAACAAGAACCUUGCGUCGAGUCCUUGCUUUUGCACUCCGUCUGAAGAAAGCAACACCUCGGCCAUGUAGAUCGAGCAACAAAAAUCGAGCUCCCACAGUUCGAUUCCUUGCUUGCACACAGAGCUUUGAGCGGCAAUGCAGGUCCUGGUGCUCAUGGCGUCCGCAGCGGCGCUGCUGCUCUUCCAGCUCGUGUUCGGCUCGGUCCGGCGGCGGAGCCGCAGCGCGUUCCUCCACGGCGCGCUGUGGCUGGCGCACACCCUCCUCCCCGCGCUCACCGCCUACGCCCUCGGCGUGAUGCAGGCCUCGCCGGCGAAGGCCGCGCUGUACCCCGUGUGGGCGCUCUCCCUCUUCCUCCUCGCCGGCGGCUCCAGCUCCGUCACGGCCCACGACCUCGCCGACAACAGCCGGUGGGCGCGCUGCCUCGUCGUCCACCUCCAGUGCUACUUCUUCACCAUGCUGUGCCGGGCCCUCCUCUCCUCCGGCGGCGCCGUCGCCAUCCCCUUCGCCCUCCGCGCGACCACGGCCGCCUCCUCCCACUGGCUCGGAGUCCGGGCGAGCUGCGCGGCCGGCCACCCCGGCCCGAGCAAGGUGGUGGCCGACUACAUGAAGCAGCACGGCGGCGCCACCUGCACAACAUCACCGGACGGCGGUGGCUGCAGGUACCUGGUACGCUGGCCCGCCCACAGGGUAGCUCGCCGGGGAAAAAGAAGCUCCUCCUCCUCCUCCUCCGCCGCCUACAGGUGCGAGCUGCCGGAGGAUGACGUCAUCACCGUCGACACGAUCUGGGAGCACUGCGACGGCGAGGGCGCCGCCGCCUUCGCCUCGCUCGGCGUCAGCGGCUCCCGGAUCAGAGGCGCCUGCCUCGCCUACUCCCUGUCCCACCUGCUGAAGCGCCGCCUCUUCGGGCUGGACUGCGCCGAGGCCGGCCUCGCCGAGACGCGCCGGUUCGUCCUCGACGGGCUGCUGUCCGAGGACAACGCCGACGAGCACACCGAGGCGUUCCGGGUGAUCGAGCUGGAUCUGGGGUUCCUCCACGAUUUCCUCUACACCAAGUGGGCCUCCAUCUUCGAGGUGUAGACCACCUUCUUCUCCACGGCCGUUCUCAAGAUCAUCCUCGCGUCCGUGCUCGGAGUACUCGUGCUCCUGCAACACACCCCGAUCACCGAUGAAUCGACGGUCAGAACGGUCGAUGUCGUCGCUACAGUCCUAGUUCUUGGAGCGUUCGUCGCAGCGGAAGCGUCGCAGACGGUGAUGUACCUGGGAUCAGACUGGGCCAUGGUGUCGCUAGCUUGCUGCCGACUCCCAGCAGGGGCAAACAGGUUCCUCCCGUUUGCCCUCCGGAAGCCAUCCGGGUUUCUCUGCAGGCGCCCGAUGUUCAGGUCCUGGCACAAGAGCUUAGGCCAGUACUCGGUCAUCGAAAGUUCUCGGUUCUUGAGAAGCAGCAAGGCUUCUUGCUCCUUCGAAACAACUGAAUUCGAGCCCAUGGUGGUGUUCUCCGCGACCGCCGAGUAUCUCCGUCGAGCUUGGGGCAAUCUGACAACAAGCAAAGGUCUGCAGUUCGUCGAGUUACCUGACACGCUGAAGCCUCAGAUCGUCGCCUCGCUGAAAUCCAGCAGCGAUGGCCAUCCUUAACUCUAAGCAACGGGAAAGCAGCGUUGCAGAGGAACGGUGUCUCCCGGCAGCUGUCGUGGACGCUGCAGAACGAGACGCAGGCGGAGAGCAUGCUCAUCUGGCACAUCGCCACCGAGUACCUGAUCAUCGCAUUGCCUGACGAGGAGGCAACAGGAAGCAGCAGGCACCGUGAAGUGGCGACCAAGCUGUCACGCUACUGCGCGUACCUGAUGUCCGAGGCGCCAGAACUGCUUCCAGGGAACUCAGUGGACACGAAGUUCAUCCUCGACCGUGCCAUGCUUGAAGCCCGAGAAGCUCUGGGAUCGGGAUCCGAGUUGAGAGGAAGAGAUCGGUUGCGGAAAGUCGGCACCGGCUCCGGAGAUGCGGCGGGCACCAUCUUCACCAGAGGGCUCAAGCUUGGGGCGAAGCUGGAGAGCAUACGGGAGGGCUCCCUGCGCUGGAAGCUGAUGGCCGAGUUCUGGGUGGAGACCAUCCUCUUCGUCGCGCCGUCGGACAACGCCGCCGCGGCGCACAUGGAGCGCCUCGUGCGGGGUGGGGAGCUGUAACGAACAUGGCACCAUUUAUGCCAUUUCGAGUGAUUUUGGUGAUCGAAUGACAACACAACACUUGGACUAA